AUCUCGAUUUGACAUAUUCAAUAUCCAUCACAAAGUCAGAUCCGUAGAAAUCUAACCAAAAAAAACAGUAUUGUUAUAUAUUAUAGUAAAAUCUAAAGUGUGAUAAAGUAUAUUAAUGAUACCGCAAAGUGAAAAUGAUAAAUAUAGAGAGGGCUAGAGUAACACUCGCGCCGCUUGCAUGGCGGGGAAGUCUGUAAGCUUCAACACACAUUGUAAGAAAACCACUAUGUAAGACUAUUGAAAUUCCCAUGCAAUAUGUAAAAAGCAACGUGUUAAAGCGAAGGAACAAAUGAAUUCUACAGGAGUCACAACAUUGAACCUAUACGACUCAAACCUUGAAGCACUAGCGAAGUGGUUGAGCUGCAACGGCGAGAUAUGGGGCGUGGGUCCGACGGCGGUGUUCGCGAGCGCCGCCGCUCUCUUCCUGUACAACGAGCUGGAGGCCACCGUGUUCAUCGCCGGAGACCAGGCCCAUGUGUCGCUGCUGGAGAAGUGCUUGAUUUCAACGAUGGUCCUCGGCAUGCUGGCGCUGAUGAUCCACCUGUGGGUGUGCUCCAUGCGCUUCUUCCAAUACUACCUCGACACGCUUAUUAGAGAUAGUCCAAGCGUGCUGCUGGAGAUGACGACAGCAGGGUUACUGGGCGGGCAGACGGAGCUGAUGCCGCUGGGCCCGCUAACGCGGUUCCUCCGCCAGCAGCAGCCGCAGAUCCACAUCACUGUCUGUUGGUUCCUCUCGCUCUGCUAUGCCGACUAUGUGCGCAAGCACUACUGCCAGAGGUUCAAUAUGCCGUAUUUGGAACAGUGGUGCACAAUUGUGUUGGGGAUCAGGCAAACCGAGCUGCAAGAACGCGCCACGGAGCGAGUCAGCCUCACCAUGGAGAAGGUCAACAGCUUCGUCGGCUCAGUCCAUCGGCGGCUGCGAGGGUUCGCCCCACAAGGCCAGCUGGAGACCAACACCAGGGUUGACGGGGCCACUCAUACAGUGAGAUCGCGUCUCCCAAGAGAUCUUCAAUGGACGUCAGCGGCACCCUCAGCGGGAUUACAUCUGAGACCAGCGAAGACCAGCGGCCUAACGAAGACCAGCGGCCCAGCGAAGACCAGCGACCCAGCGAAGAGCAGCGACCCAGUGACUCCAACGCGGGUCUCAGGAAGUCACCGAAGGAGUUCAGUGUCCAUCUGGUCGGGCAAUCGAGUGAGGCCACCGCUGAUGCAUUUGAAAAGCUACGAACUUUUAUCCAGGCAACGAGAUGUGCGUGUACACCGCACACCAGCGUCUGUGUGCCUGGAAGUGGGGGGACCCAAGAUGGAAACCCUUGAAGACUUCCCCUGCAGGGUGUAGAUCUACAGGCUAUGGGCUUCGACACAAUUGUACUAUAUCUUGGUUCUUUUAAUAAAAUAUUGUUUUACCUA